AUGGCAACUGCUAAUGACAACGUUGAUGACCUUUUUGACUAUGAUGCUGGGCUGGAUGACAUCCUUCGAGAAGUAGAACAAAACGCCCAAAGAGCAGAGGAUUCUACUACCAACCAUGCAAAUCCUAGCAACAGCACCCUAGGUAUUGACGAUGAGCUGAAAGUUUCCAAAAAGCGGGCGCCAAUAUCACAGCUUGAUGAGUCCAGGAUACUAUCACAAGAAGGCAUCCCCAAACUCCGGAAAAUGGCAAAGACCAAUCUUAAGCUCAAAGGGAGGGGGCAUGAGUUCUCUGACGCUGGGCGAUUACUCAAUUUUUAUCGAUUAUGGCUAGAUGAAUUAUAUCCCCGCGCCAAAUUCAGUGAUACCCUAACUAUGAUUGAGAAACUGGGGCAUUCUAAAAGAAUUCAGGUGAUGCGAAAGGAGUGGAUGGACGAAGGGAAACCUAAGGUGGAUGAAGAUUUUGAUGCCAGGCUGAGCUAUAAUGCAAUGAAAAAAAGCCUACCGACACGAGAAAAGGGGAAUGAACAGCAGAACCUACCAGUUCUUGAAGAAGAUAGUCUUUUCGUGGCGUCUCGACGGCCUGAACCAGACUCGCGGGGCCCCGGUGUUGUUACAUCUCUUUUUGGUGGGGAUGGUUAUGGGCAAAAGGUCAACUUAACCGCCGCUGCUGGAGACGAUGAACUCUUUGAGUGGGAUAAUGAAACUGUGACUAAUUCUCUCUAUAAGGGAAAUGUUGACACUCUCAAGGCGGACAGCGCAAUGAACAGUUUCCCCGUCGAGGAGGAUGAUCUUGACCGACUACUCUCAGGGGCGGAUGGGGAUGGCAGUAACGUAAAUUGCACAAACAAAACAAGUGCAGCUGCACCCGCACCAAAUCCAGUAGAAGACGACUAUGAGAAUGACUGGGAGGCUAUGCAGGAGCACGAUAUGUAA